AGUGUAGUUUGUUCGAUCGGAAGUCAGUCACAAACAGAAUUUACUAUCGAGGUGUUCUUAUUUUGAUUAUUUCGCCUUAAAUUAGUGAAAAAACAACUUUAGUGUUUUGUCAGCAGUUCUAAAUGUGAAUAAACCGUGUUACCGGUUGGAUCUUGCAGUGAUAUUGUGCCCCAAAGUGCUAACUUUUAUGUGCGGUAUUGCAACUAAAAAAACAUCAGUUUUACCAGUGAUUUAACUUGUUUUAGUGGUAAAAUCUUCCGUUAUUGUGGUGUAACGGAGCGGAACAUAUCCCGUGAAUGUGGCAACCUGCCAAAAAACUUUCAGUUUUAACAUUUUGUGAAACAGUGACUAUGUACGCGCCAGAAAUGUCUUCCAUAGUGAACUGUCGUGAUUCAGGACCCAAGUGACGUUCCUUCAAAAUGCCACCCGUCAAGCGAAAGAGGAGGAUCGACGACAAGGUUAAAUUUAGAAAUAAAGACCAAACAAGGACUCGCUCUUAGCAGAAUUCGUAAAAUUAAGUACACAAUUGAUCUCAAGUAUUUUAGUGCUCAACGUAUAAUAAAUUAAGUACAACAGACUGAUUUAAAUAAGACUUAAAAUGAUCGCGUUGAAGAAGCUUUACGGGGACGAGUUGCUGCGGCUGGCUUUAGUCCUGAGUCUUCUCAAGGCGGACCCCAGCGACUAUUUGGAGGGAGAAACUCAGCAGCUGAUCACAGGCCUAAACAUAUCCAACGGGUCGGACUGGUCUCUAGAGCAAGAAGCCAGAACGCUGAUCCGACCGAGGUUCGUCCACCCAAAAUCGCUGGACAACAUUCUAAUCAACUACGAAAGGGAGUUGUUCGAAGAGCUGAACUCCCUGGGGCGAUACGCGAACUCUUUGGAAAACAAUGAACGGAUAUGGAAUAAUCGGGGUCCGAUCCUUCAUACAUAUGUAUUGAAUAACGUAGCUACCGACACAGUCGCGCCUUCGCUGGCCUCAGCGCCGCUCGAGAGCCAGGAGAGCGAUGGGGUGUCCGCUGACGAGAACGUAGCGCAAGAAGUCAAGAUCUCUGAUGAGGAGCAGCAGGAAAAUGAGCAGCCAGACGCGGUUGUGACUCUCUCAGCUGACUUCCUAUCCAACCACACCGAAUCUGACAUUUUCGCUGAGAUCGCGUCCCGUUCUUUCGACGUCAACGAGUUCUUAGUCAACCCCAACGAGAUGCAGAUCAAAACGGAGCCCCAGGACUCCGAGUCCGAUUUCAUGGACGUCGUCGUCAAGAAGGAAAACAACGAGGAUCUGUACAAUGACAAUGCGAUCGACGAUUUCGUGCCUUACUUCACGGCGAAAGCCGAGAAAUUCGAGAUGGGAGAGCCCAAUUCCGUCUUCCACCAGAACAUGGCGGAUCUCCAGGACUAUGAGGAGAUCUUCGAUGACGUUAAAGAACUGAGGAACGAUCUGGAAUACUUGGACGUUAAGCAACAGCAAGAGAAUUUAGAGCAGUAUCUCUUAGAAAACACUCCUUUGGAUGCAGAAGCGUACGAAUUGGCGCCCAUUUUUGAGGAUGAGCUGGUGUUGAAUGUGAAGAGAGAAAGAGCGAGCACUAGUUUCACUUCGGCCAGUUCGAGUGGUGUGAGUGAUAUGGAUGUGUCGGUGAAAGAGAUGCAAGACGUCAAGUCGGAGCCUGAUGAAGGGCACCAUACUGGGGAUGAGCUGACCCAAGAGGACAUGGACCUGAUCGAGGUGCUGUGGAAGCAGGAUGUGGACAUGGGAUUCUCGCUGGAGGACCCUGUGCAGUUGGAGGGUCCUCAAGCAACCAAGGUGGCAAGCGAUGAGAUCCGCAAGGAACCUCUCACUGAGACGAUGCAGAAGAAGAAGGAAGAAGAAGAAAGCAUCGAAAAGGUGAAGGCUUCGCUUCUCAACGAGGACGUUAAAGAAGAUGACCCGUGGGCAGGCCUGUCGUACACCGUGGACACCGAGACUGGCGAGUACCUGAUCCAAGGCGAGCUACCCCGUGAGCUUGAGUCGCUCGAGGAGUCCCGCUUCGACCUCUUGGAGGAGGCGCUCCAGCUCGUCGAGCUAGGAGACGAGGCCGAGACCAAGGAUGAGCAGUCUGAGGCGGUAGAGGGCAGCAGCGGCGGGGAGAUGUUGCAUCCGGCGAUGCGGCAUGUGCCGCACCACCCGCUAGCGCACUACCAUAACCAGUCGCUGAUGCGGUCUAUGUCGGUGGAGCAGCGCUGGCAGGACCUGGCCUCGCUGCUGACCAUCCCGCCGCCACCGGAGCAGUACCACCAGUACCACCACCAUCAGCCCCAUCCCCAUCCCCACCCCCACCCGCAUAACAUUAGCUCCCAUGGCGCGGCCGGCGGUUACCCGCCAAAUUACCACGCCCCUCUCCCCCCAGUGCCGGAGAAACACCCUGACCCUUACGCUGGCGCAGCAGCGCCUUUGGAAGGGGCCUACAAGGUGGAAUCGGCUCAUCACCCUCAGCAACACGAUGGGAUCUACUAUCAGCAGAACUCAACGAGCGAGAUGGCACCCCCGGCCAACCAAGACGGGUUUCUCCAGUCGAUCCUCAACGAUGAAGACCUGCAGCUCAUGGAUAUGGCGAUGAAUGAAGGCAUGUACACGAUGCGGAUGCUGGACAGUGCCGGGGCGCACCACGCGCCGCACCACAACCACACCCACAUGAUGAUGACCGAACGCGACUCGGCGUCCGAUAGCGCUGUCUCAUCUAUGGGGUCGGAGAGAGUGCCCUCUCUUUCUGACGGCGAGUGGUGCGAUGGAAGCGAUUCGGCGCAGGAGUUUCAUAGCUCCAAGUUCCGGCCGUACGACAGCGGCUAUGGGCGCGAGCGAAGCGCGCCGCACCAGCCGCAGAAAAAACACCACAUGUUCGGCAAACGCUGCUUCCAGGAGCAGACGCCGCAGCUGGAGCCGCGGCCGGCGCCGGUCGUCAAGUACGAGUGCCCCGAGCAGGCCUACCACCACGACAACAUGCACGUGCAUAAUGGCGUAGAGUUCGGCGCGCGCGCACAAAUAGCGCCGCCGGUGGCGCUACAACCCGCGCUAGACCUCAACGCGCCACACUCGAGCCACGCGCUACUGCAGAACGGUCUAGCCAGCCCAGCUCGCUUCCCGUACGGUGCGGAGCGCGUGCGCCACAACCACACCUACAGCGCGCCGCCCGCGCCGCAUCAGGCUCGGCCCGCGCACACUAGGGACAAGAGAGUCCGCCGCCUGACCGAUGGCAGCAUGUCGGACGGAGGUUCGUCGGCCGCCAGCGGACACCUCACCCGAGACGAGAAACGGGCUAAGGCUUUGGUACAAGUAAAGAAAAACCAGUGUAAAGCCUCCCUUCUGCACGCAGGCAUACCGCUGGAGGUGCACGAUAUCAUCAAUUUGCCGAUGGAUGAGUUCAACGAGCGUCUCUCGAAGCACGAUCUGAGCGAGGCCCAGCUGUCCCUUAUAAGGGACAUAAGGAGGCGAGGCAAGAAUAAGGUGGCUGCCCAAAACUGCCGCAAGCGCAAACUCGACCAGAUCACCUCUCUCGCAGACGAAGUGCGCACAGUCCGCGACCGCAAGCAGCGCACGCAGCGUGACCACCACCAGCUGACCGCUGAAAGGCAGCGCGUGAAGGAGCGAUUCGCAGCGCUGUACCGGCAUGUUUUCCAGAACUUGCGCGACCCUGAAGGCCGUCCACUGUCCUCGCAGCAGUUCUCGCUGCAGCAAGCGGCUGACGGCAACGUCGUGCUGGUUCCCAAGAUGCCGCAACACCCAGAUCACCCAAUGAACCGCUCUGACGACGAUAUGGACCGAAAACCGAAGAACUACGAACAGUGACACCCGACACAAACGCUAAGGUGGUAACGCAAGAUGUAUCACGCAAUUAUUUGAUCCAAUUCAUCAAUCUACUUCCGAGCAGCUUUUUUGGUCACAAAAUUAUGUAAAACCUCAAAAAAUUAUGCGAAAUUAAAAAAGUUUUUGCACCAUGUAUUAUGUAUACUGAUAUCAAAUUUUAAACAAAUUAUACGAUAUUUUUUUAACAAAAUCAACACGUUUUGAAAAUAAAAAAAAUGUAUUCUGAGAUUUGUGAGUUAAUUAGAUUUAUAAAAACACAUAUUUGAUGGUUAUUUAAUUAUGUCACCACCUUUAUUCUACAAAUAUGUUGGUAUUCUUUGUGAUUCGGAAUUGUUACUUUACAUAUAAACAUAUCUUGCAUAGUUCGUUUUGAGACCAAUAUUUGUAAUGUGUUCUGUCUUAUAGCGCCUUAUUUGUCAGCGAAAUGUACAGUUAAAAUGAUAAUAUAUCGAAUAAAAAUAUUGUAUGUAUCAUUUUGUCUUACGUCACCUUAAAAUUUUGAAAAAAAUGUGAUAAACAAAAAUAUUCCAUUUUUGAUUAGUGGCUGAAUAGAUUUUUUUAUGUUUACCCAUAUUUAUGUAUGUUUUAAAAUUAUAAUUAUGUCAUCAUGUUGAAGAAAAGUCCCAUGCCAAGUAUCAUUAUGUCAAAAACAGUUUGACAUAAUGUUUGCACUUUCUAAAUUCACAUAAAAAUUAUGCGAUCUUGUCACCUUGAUUAAAUUACUACCAAGCACUCAACAAUGACAUAUAAAUAUUAAAAACAUACAUAAAUAUUAGAAUGGAAUUGUGUGUUUUGCAUUAUGUCUUGCCCGACUACAAGAAUUAGUAUACGUUUACAAACUUUUGGCAUAAAUAUUUUUCGGCAAAUGUAACUUUGCAUAAUGUUUUAAAAGUAUAUUUUUCAAUAUAAUAUGUUACCAAACGCAGUGUUAUAUUUGUCGUGUGUGCUUUGCAACUAUAUGUAUGCCAGAAACGACUGAAAAUAAAAACAAAAUAAAAAAAUACAUAGGAUUAAUAAAAUGAUGUCUGCGACAUCAAACUGUUGCAAUAAGUAAUUUUAAUCUGUACUUUAACACUUUUUUGUAAUAUAUUUUUUCACUUUUUUGUUUGUAAGGUUGUUUAUUUAUGUAUAUUAUUAAGGUUGUUAUCGUGUUUCGAAUACAUUCACAAAUUCAAAUCAUACAUAUUUGGAUGGAAGUACAAAAGUAGUAUUCGCAGCGAUUAUAAAAAUAUACAUUGUCUAUUCCAAUAGCAAAAAUUUUCGUUUUUGUCCAUCUUAUUUAUCAAUAUGCAAUAUACAAAGCAAUGUUGCAAUACUUCUUAUGAUUAAUUCUUAUAUUGGACACCAUAUUAUGAAUUAAACAAUUGGGUAAUUUAUAAUACGAGUAUAAUUAAUCAAUUCUAAGGCAUAUUUCUAAUUUCGCAUUCGUUUGUUUUAGCUUGAAAACCAGAAUAGUUUUCAAUCAACCAUAAACUCAAAAUAUUGUUACUUUAAAAUCAAUGAGUACUCUAAAAAAAUAAAAUGCUAUAGAAAAUCUACGAUGACCUUGGUUUUUUCAGCCCAUAAUAAAGAAUAAAUUGCCCAGUUGUCGCAUAUUGAUAUUCAAGAAGCACUCUUUGAACCAAUCUUUCAGUUUUCUUAGUUGUAUUGUAGAUUGAAUAAAAAUAUUUUUAAUCAGAUGUAGUAACUUUUAAAGGACCAGCGUUUUUUAUUUUUUCUGAGCUGGUCUUUUAGAUAUUCGCUACGUUUAGAUCUGUAAGUUUAAAUGUAAGUUUGCAGAUUAAAUCUUUUUCAAAGACAACAAUUUGUAAAAAAAUAUACACAAACUGUAUUUAGUUCCCUUUUUUAUUUAACCCGUUUGUUGUCUUUAAAAAACUGCUUGUAAGAUAAGAUUAAUAAAUAUUUAUAAAUGUGGUGCAUAUGUUUUUUAAACGAAAUAGUAUGACAGCUUUUUACGGCGAUUAAAUAAAUGAAGUAAAAAUACGAAAUGUUUAUAUUUAUUAUUAAGUAGGGACGGGUAUGCAUUUCAACUUAAGUUCUUUGUAUAUCGAGUUGGUGGAAGGCUGUGGCGUAUUUUGCCGGCGAAAUAGUCUUUGUUUGCAAAAUAAGUAGUACAAUUUAAUUUGCACAAGAGCAUUGAUAGGUUGAGCCAAAUUGUAAAUUUACGAAAUCAUUUUAUACGGAAAUAUAAAAGUACUAAAGAGUUGGCGCCCCCAUGGAAUUUACUCGCCAAACUGGUGAACAAAAAUUUGAAAUAAUAAAUAAUUCGACAACACUACUAAAACUACUUCUGAUGGAUUUUAGUAGCAAUAGUAAAAUCAUGUCGCUUCUAAAAUUAGAAAAGAAUGAUCAGAAUUUAGUGAUUUUAACUUGGUACUAAAUAAACAUUUUUAUUUUCUAUCUUUUUGAAUGUUUGAUCUCAACAAAUCACCUAUCAAUGAGUCUUAUUCUACAUCGAUUUAAAGGUAUAUUCACAAUCAUAUGAGGCCUGACAUUGUGAGCAGAGCUGGUUCGUGCCUCAUUAAUGUGAAUACACCUUCACUCACCUUCUUAUUAAUUUGUAAGUGUGUAGCGGAACAAAGCAGUACAUUUUUUCUACUUUAUUAAAACUUUAUCACAAAUAAGCCCGUAUUUUAAAACGACUCAAGCAUGGAUUUAAAUUUUAAGAAUUGAGUCACAAAUAAAUCAAUUCUUGAAUUAAGAUUCGUACUUCAGUAUCGUUUUGUGAAACGGGUCUCAUGUAUAUGACUUUUAAAUCUGUACAGUAUAAAAAUACUGUGAUU